AUGUUAAUUGCUCGUGCUUUGCCAAUCAUGCGAGUUUACAUUAAACCUGGUGGUCAGCGAGGUUAUUCAGGGCAUUGUAUUAACUUGCCACAAAAUGUCACAGAACUUGUAAUAUCUUUGCCAAGAUACCCUAAAGACUUGGCUAUUAUUAUUGUCAAAGUAAAAGGUAGAGGCAACACAUUCAGAGAUGUGACAGUGCGAAAGCAAAAUGUGCACAAUGCCUUAAUGUGGCUUAUAACCAAUAAUCCACAUUAUUCUCAAUUAACAAUUUAAAUGAAGAUGCAUUAAAUUCAUUACCUGAAAGUGGUGUACUACCAGAUCUCACGACUGUUGAGACUGAUGAUGAUAUAGUCUCAGAUGCAGGUCCUCCUACUGGUAAUCCCUCAGAGGAUAUUGUAUAUGAUGAUUCCACUGAAAUGAGUAGGUUUUUACUUGUUGGCGAACAACGACAACAGGAAAUUGAAGCUGUUAGAAGUCAGCUUUCUGAAAAUGAGCCAAUUCCAUGGCCCUGGACUGAAAAUGGACCAUAA